AGAAGUAGCCAGGUCAGACGACCGGCAAGGCUGCAACAUGCGCUCGCCACUGCGUGCUGCGUUUCAGACCCUCAGCGCACCUGGCACGUCGCACGGCUCAGUUUUAGCGCGCUCACUUCUCUCUUUCCCUCUGUUUUGCACUCCACAUCAUGCUGGCAGCCGAGCAGGUCAGUGGGGACAAUACGGUGAAUGGCUGAUAACUGCGCCCGUCCCCGCGCACGGAGCAAUGGACUGCAGUUUUACUUAAAGAGCCACAUGGAGAACCCAGCCAAGUAUCUCUCGUCGGUGCAGGGGAUUGACUCUGUGCCGGCUCCCCUCGGAGAGAUUAUGUGGAACAGCACCGAAACGGAGUCGACUAAGGACCGGAGGAAGGACAUGGUGGUGCGCACUGUGACGGGCUGUCUGCUGUCCCUACUCAUCCUAUGGACCCUGCUUGGGAACAUCCUGGUGUGCUCCGCGGUGCUGCGCUUUCGCCACCUGCGGACCAAAGUCACCAACAUUUUCAUCGUCUCCCUGGCUCUAUCGGAUUUAUUUGUGGCCGUUCUGGUGAUGCCCUGGAAAGCUGUGGCAGAGGUGGCGGGGUACUGGCCGUUUGGCACUUUCUGUAACGUCUGGGUGGCGUUUGACAUUAUGUGCUCCACCGCCUCCAUCCUCAACCUCUGCAUCAUCAGCGUGGAUAGAUACUGGGCCAUCUCGAGUCCCUUCCGCUACGAGAGGAAGAUGACCCAGCGUGUUGCCUUUGUUAUGAUUAGCAUCACUUGGACGUUGUCUGUGCUCAUUUCAUUCAUACCGGUCCAGCUCAACUGGCACAAAGCCAGCGGUGACGACAUGGCUGGGACGCACAACUAUUCCACAAGUCGACAGAUAGAGGAAAACUGCGACUCCAGUCUGAGCAGAGAGUAUGCCAUUUCCUCCUCUUUGAUAAGUUUCUAUAUCCCCGUGGCGAUUAUGAUUGUGACUUACACCAGAAUAUACCGGAUUGCACAAAUACAAAUUAGAAGAAUAGCCUCCCUGGAGAGAGCGGCAGAGCACGCGCAAAGUUGCAGGACAAAUAGAAUAGAGUGCCAACACCACAACACCUUGAAAACGUCGAUUAAACGGGAAACCAAAGUGUUCAAAACUCUUUCGGUGAUCAUGGGUGUCUUCGUGUGUUGCUGGUUACCUUUCUUCGUCCUCAACUGUAUGGUUCCGUUCUGCGACAGACCGGCAACAGACCGGGACGCGGGUCUGCCGUGCGUCAGCGAGACGACUUUUGACGUCUUCGUGUGGUUCGGCUGGACCAACUCCUCCCUGAACCCCAUCAUUUACGCCUUCAACGCCGAGUUCAGGAAGGCCUUCGCCAGCCUGUUGGGCUGUCGCAACUUCUGCUCCAGCACCCCGGUGGAGACUGUCAACAUCAGCAACGAGCUGGUCUCAUAUAAUCAAGACACCCUCAUUCACAAAGAAAUCGCCAACGCGUAUGUCAACAUGAUCCCCAACGUGGUUGAAUGUAUUGAGCAUGAAGAGACUUUUGACAGGAUUUCACAGUUUUCUCACAAUAAUGACAACGCCACCGACUCGGUUUGUGACUUAGAGGACUGCCAGGCAGAUAUCAGUCUUGACAGGAUGUCACCGUUCACACCCAAUGGAUUACACUGACUCCUCUGUGUCCCCCCUCCCCCCGUGCGUAUUUGGAUGUAUUGAUAAUAAUGUCAUCGUUCAUUCAGCUCCGUUGUCCCAGAAGCUCCUCUCCACGGGGAGCCCACAGGUCAGGAUCUACUACUGAACAGCGCCGGAGACUUGCUCAUGGACACUUCAGCAGGGCGCAUGUCUCUGUAGCAACCAGGCCACCCUGCCGUCGCUUUGCGUCAUAUACGAGAUGUGAUGUUGUCGUCCUGUUUUAAAAAAAAGUGAUGUAUAGGUGUUUAUUUACAUGACAAGUGAAGUCUGUGUUCAUUUGGUUCAGUGUAGUUGAAGAUGUUGUUUACUUGAAGGCUUUACUCGGAGCGUCUGUGUCUCACGUCCAUCCACUUGGAGAGAGAGAAAAAAUGUUUGUAAAAACUCCCUUGAAGAUGAUGGAAAAACCUUAUGCUGCUUAAAAAAAACCUCGUGUAUCCAGUGCCCGCCUUUCCACUGAAUAUGAAAACUGAGGGAAGCCUUACAGACGGUGCAUCCAAGAUAGUUCUACUCAAAUGCAGUCAUUUCAGCGCCUUAUCUUAUUUAAGGAAGUGUUUAGAGACAUGACAGGAAUGUGUUUGUAUGAAGUUACAUGAUGCCAAAAUGCAGUAUUAAAGUGUUUACCCGCUGCACCCACCCCAGUGACUCCCUCAGCACACCUUUCUCUGCACCAUAUGGACUAUUAUGCAGUUUGAUGGAGGCUCAGAUGGCCGAGGCUUUGAUGGAGCAAAAACAUGAUGUAAAAGGCACAAAACCAAUAAUCGUGUAGAAGCCUGUUUACACUAGAAUCACUAAUCCAAAUUGAAUAAUUUUGACUAGAACCAGCAGUCAUUUCAACUGUGACUUUUUUGUGUGACCUUUCACUUCUCAUUGAGGCCAAAACUACUGAAUGGUUCGUCUUUAUCAGCCACAGUCAGCUCCUACUGAGCUAACAAAAGAAAAGAAAAGAAGGAAUCAAGGCUGUCCUGAAUGACCAAAGAUUUCAAGGAGUAGAUCAAUAACUCCGACACAAUAAGGCCACAGUGUUUUGUCAGCUAGAGGAAUUGUUGCACAAAAACACAAGAGGCCACUGGGCCAACACACCUGGAUGUCAUACAUCACCUCUCCAACACCUCUCUCUAUCUUUGUACUGUAUAGAUGACCUGAUCUGAAUGUAUUCUACUGUCCUUUAAACAGUGACGUGUGUCAUCAUUUGUCUAAUAAAAUGCUGUCAUGCUGAGAGGAACAGUGCUCUGGUAUCUUCCUGAAGGUGACAUUAGAGUUUGUGGGGUUUCACAAAUGGACAGGCUUUGCAAGGUUGGAGGAUUUUCACCUUUAGUUUGACUUUCAUUGUUACCCAUACUCAGCGGUGACUUUACUCUCAUGCACAUCCAUCUUUAACCUUUAUUCUCUUUUAACUUUUUUUUUUUUGGCAGUUUGCCUUCUUUUGACAGUUUGACAGCAGAGAGAGGAAAUGUUGGCAGAGUAACAGAGAGGGAUGAUAUGCAACAGAGGUCCCUAACAGACUCAGACUGGUGACAUUAUGUUUAUGUGGUCGUCCGGGACACUUCCUUGGAGUGACCUGUCCUCUGCAGGUUCAGACAACUGAUGUACGUCUUCUGGCAGGGGCAGAUAGGCUUCAGUCCUGCUGAUAAGAGACAGUUGUGUAUGUAAGUGAUAAAAAGAGCACAGAAGCAGCUCUGCACCUCAUGGUGGUGUCUUGGCCAGUACUCACAGCUUCAUUUUCUUUGAACCAAUAUCAAUACUUUUAUCUAGAAAGAUGAGGAGAACAAUACAUCAGAAACUACUCUUUGUUGAACUGCCAGCAGCAUCUGUCUGCAAAAACCUAAACCCACUGUGUACAAAUCCCUUCACUGUCCAUCUUAUGUAGGUCUUGGCACACAUGGGUUAACAGACAAAAUAUGCAGCUUUUUAUAUGUGAAUAAAU